AUGGACAGCUCCACGAAACCACCCCGGGACUGGCGCGAGGCAUUCCAGCUACUGCGCACGUCCCAGCGUCUGAGACCAAGCACGGUUUGCUUUCGGCAAAAUUUGCUCCUCGCUUCUCUGGCUACUUCUCGGAGCUGGAAUGUGGCGACUGCCAUCUGUGCUGGCAUCCGGCGGCAGGGUGCUGCGGACAUGGUGACCUUUAACUCCCUGUUGAAAGCGUGCUGCGCUUCAUGGGCACUGGCCCUUAGCAUUCUGCAGCUGUCGGCCUGCAUGGGGCUGCGCAGCGACCCAGUCACACAGAGCACGAUCCUUGGAUCGUGCAGCAUUUCGGCAUGGUGUCGCGGAGAGUCGUUGCUGUCAAGUGCAAUUCGACAGCGACUGCGAAGCAACGUUAUCUGCGAGAGUGCACGCAUUCGAGGCAGCUCUCACUGGAGAAAUGUUUUGACACUUCAUGCAAAAAUGCGGAUGGUGUGCAUUCAGACCGACCAGAUCAACAUCAACUCCGUGGUCACUUCGUGUGGUGCUGCGUGGCUCCAAGCGCAGAGUUUGCUAUCCAGCACUACCUUGACAGGCGAUCGUGAGACACACAAUGCUGUUGCACGUAUCUUUGGUAAGGCCUCUGUGUGGGAAAGCUCUCUCUGUUGUUUGAGCCACGCCCUCUCGAAGUCGUUGCGCUUGGACGCUUACUCUGGGACAUCGCUCCUGACACGCCCCGCCAGUUCCUGCCGGACACAUGUGCUACAGUGGAAAAUGCCUUUGUUGGCAUUCUCUGACUUGGUUCGCCGCUGCGGGCUAGUGUCGAACCUGAUUUCCUGGAGUGCAGCCAUCAGCUUCAGUGAGCCAGCUGGCUGGAGGAGGUGUCUGGACCACUUUCUAAAAGGAUGCCAAACUCGCCUGCUCCGCAACGCUGUUGUCGAGAUCAGUGUUGCGGCCUCUGUGGAAACACAUUGGCGGCAGGCCCUGAGUUUUUGCAGACGUGCGGUGCCAAACGCAGAAACUUGGACUUGCUUGGCUCGAGCAUGCGCACCGUCUGCGUGGAACAUCGCUUUGCUGCUGCAUUCGGCUUUGGCUUGCAGCAGUGCAGAAGUGGACCGGUUCUACUGCAACGCUUUGAUAGCUUCUACAAGCCCAACAAGUUGGCAACUACGGCUGGCUUUGCUUGAGACGACGGGCCGAACUGUCGCACGACCUGAUCACCAUGCGUAUGGUUCUUUGGCAGCUGGGGCAGAAGCUGGCGAGUGGUGCGAGGCCAUGGAGCUUCUGCAGCUCACUGCAGGCAGAGGUUUGCUGCUGAAUGCAGUCAUGAUCUCUUCACUUCAGGUGGCCUGCCAGCGUGGAAUGAAUUGGAGGCAGCCGAUCGCUAUGAUGAUGCAAGCCCAAGCGGUCAAAGCAGCCGAAAACCCUGCAGUAUGUGCGACCACGAUUGGUGCGUGCGGCAAAUGCGGCAAGUGGAGACAGCAGCUGGCUUUGCUUUCCCACUGGACAAUAGCCCGCCUGCAAACUGAUGAGACUCUGUAUGCCGAUUUUAGUCACUUGGAAACACGAUCUUGGCGCACUGCACUUGUCGCCGCAAAAUCGUGGCAGGCAAAAUUCCCGCUCGAUGAUUCACUAAGCACAAUUUGUACAGCCUGUGCCACGAGCAGCAACUGGGAGCUCAUGAUUUUCUUGUCCGGGAAAGCACCUGGUUCGGGCUUUUUCAGGCACGGUGCUUCCGUGCUUCGGGAAAGCCACAUCAUUCAGAAUACCCGCGUGCUCCUUCACAUGCUCGACAGAGUAUGUGAAGAGUGCUUGACGCUGUUGGGAAAGGGUGCGCUUUCAGGAUUGUUUGGAGCGGGCGAGGUGGAACACCAACUAGUCAAGCAGUUCAAGCUCCGCAUAAUCGAUGAGUCGUACUCGUUCUGCCCAUUGCAUUGCUAA